AUAUUUUUAUUUCAUGUAACACAUGGACACAUAUUUUCAUUAGUAGAACUUACAAACUAAGGGGUUAGUAAGUACAGCAAAAAUUUAUUUAAAAUAAAACAACACUGAUGGGGGAAUGCAAUCCCUCACAGUGGGACAAGUAGGGACAGUCAACCCUAUCCGCUAUCAUUCGUAGGAUGCUGUUGGGACUGCCACGCACCCGGCGCACCAGGGAUGCUGCGCGUGCACGCAUGGUAGUAUUAUAAAAACAGUCCACGUGCGCCGUCACGAACAUCCCCGAUGGGCCCGAUGCUCUACAGAAACGGGGCAGCCCCAUCAGCACCCGGAACGCAUUAUUGUACUGGACCCUAAGGGCCCCGUUGCCCGUUGCGUAUACUGCGCCCACAAAUUGCAAGUGUAGAGGGUAGUGCAAAAUGCCCUCAACAGUGUGACUUUAACCUGUUUUGAGCACCUUGCAAAUCUGCGGGCGAUCAUAUUCGCCCGGACCGACAGAGCCCUUCGUUCCCUCUCCGUAUCCAGGUCGUCCUUGAGGUCGGUCGCGAGAACAUGGCCUAGGUACUUAAAAUGGUCCACUCUAUCUAUGGGGGCACCAUUGAGGCAAAUAGCAGGAACAUCCAUUGUCUUCUUGCGACCGCACUCAAACACCAUGAACUGACUCUUGGUUGCGUUAUAUUUAAGACCAUGAUUUGAGACAUACGUUUCGCAAAUUCGCAACAGUUUACGCAGCCCACACACCGACGCGCUCAGCAGCACCAUGUCGUCCGCAUAGCUUAUGUUGUUGACACAAACUCCAUCCACAUGACAGCCGACAUGGGUUUUACUGAGCGCCUCGAUUAGUCCAUUAUAACAUACAGAUUGAAGAGAGUGGGUGAAGUGAAGCCCCCCUGUCUCACCCCACACUCCAACCUGUACUCAUCAGAUAACACGUCUGCCCAACUAACGCAGUUGACCUGGUUUCCAUAGCAAUACUUAAAUAUUCGAAUGGUUUCCUGCGGUACACUGGUAUUCUCCAGCUUCUUCCACAGUAUAUCAUAGGAAACCAGGUCAAGGAAACAGGCUACCACCGGGGUUUUACUUUUGGCAUAAUACCUGACAGUGUGCUUAAGACAUAGGAUCGCAGACUCAGUAGAUAACUGUGGUCGGAAACCUAGUUGGUUAUCAUGCAGUUUCACAUGGCUAUUUAACUGGGAGUUAAGCACACUAUCAAGUAUUUUUGCCAUGACUGUUGCUAACGAAAUGGAUUUGUAGUUACUCCUAUCUGCCAGGUCUCCGGUCCUGUUUUUGACAAUAUGUACGACGAUCGUCCGCAUUAAAUUAUCUGGCAGAUAAGAAUGCCUGAUACACAAGGUUUAAAACAUUGCCAACACUCUCGAUAUGUGGGGACCUGCAUGUUGGAGGUGCUCAAUAGAGAGACCGUCGUAUCCCGGAGAUUUACCUCCAGACAUUGAUUUUAUAAUUUAUCAAUGUCCUUAGCAGUAAGGCUAGGACCCACACUCUCUAUCUCGGCCUCACUAUCUAACCCCUCCAACUUUGAUCGUGCAAUCGUCUGACUAAUAAUGUGUUUUAUUAUUUUUAAAUUGGCGAAUUGACUCUCUAUCAUGUUAGUAUAGGUGUAAAACUAAAAUUACCUAUUAUCAACAUUUUAAUUAUUGAUUAAACUAUAUCUUAAAAGAUAUUAAUCACUUAUUUUCAUAAUUCACGCUCAAAGACAUCCACACCUUGAGGUACGAGGGAAAUAUCUAUAUUAACUCUUUUUCAUUAAGCUAUAUAAAAAGUUACGUUUGCUCUAUUGUGUCAUCGCCAUCAAACAUACGUCCACAGCAAUAAUAUUUACAAUGGUCAGACCGGACCACCUAUCUAGUUUACUGAAUGUAAUUAUCAACCCUGAACCAUUUGCAAAUGGUGUGGUGUCAAAUGACACACGAUAACGUCAGGGGGCGUUGUCGUACUAAGUUUCAGUCAGCCAAUUCAGUGUUAAAACAGAUAUGAUCGAGCCAUGUUCUCGCAAAUAGUCCUACUAAUAUUUCUCGGCAUACUUUAUCCCUCGUAUUCGCAAGAUUGCGUAAUGUUGGUUACAAAAGAAGAUGCAUGGGAUAAAAAACUGCAUAUGGAUAAAAUGGCAAGUUAUGGUGACAGGCAACCACCGCGAAACCAGUCUUGUGUUCCCGUCAAAGUGCAUUUCCAAUUGAAGACAUUCGCUUUUGACGAAUAUGCAGAUAGAUUCACAGCUAAAUUGUGGACUCGUAUGAUUUGGAGAGACGAACGCCUCACUUGGUCGCCUGAAGAGUAUGGAGGAGUCAGCAAGAUGGUCGUGCUCCCAGCUGAUAUUUGGACGCCAUCAUUGAAACUACUUAACAGCGUCGAUCCGGACUACUUUAAUAUGGAUAUAGAAGAAUGCCUCGUCCACAAUAAUGGAGAAGUUAUGUGUGUUCCGGAAAUAAUAUACGAAUCAUUCUGUAAUGCUAAAUUAAGAGAUUGGCCGUUUGAUGUUCAGAAUUGUACCCUCCAGUUUGGCGAUGGUGAUAGACUUUCCUCUUCCAGAUUUCGCUUUAAAGGAAGAGGUUUAACGCUUGGCCUUGUAGAAUAUGGCAAUGGUUGGAAUAUUAUGCUGAAGGAUUUGAAGGAGGACCCCGAUUCUGACGUACAGCUGUCAUUUACUUUAAUAAUGGAAAGACAAGCGUCCGGUUUAGUAGCUGUAUUGGUUGGCCCUUGUUCCAUUCUUUGUAUAUUGACUACUACAUCUAUUUUGAUGAAUGUAAACUAUUAUAUCCGCUUGGGAUUUUUAUGUUUUAGUCUCAUAAGUCAUUUUGUAUUCUUAUUUUUUAUUGACGACUUUUUGCCAAAGCAUAGUGGCGAUACCCCCGUUAUAUUAUUCUUCGUCCGUGAUUCCAUAAUCUUGACAAUAACUUCAGUGCUUUUCACAUUUGUUUUGAGCAAAAUUGUAAAAAGAAAAACUGUACCAUUUGAAUGGGUAUCUUUAGUAUCAAACAAAGUGUUUUUUAGCUUUGGUCAGUACUUGAUUUUUCCAAGAUGGAGAGUGGAUCCUGAUUCUAAAGAUACUAAUGUAAAGAAUAAAGAGAUAUGGACCAAUAUGGCUAAUAUUUUGAACAGUGCUUAUUUGGUUGUAGAUAUUAUUGUUUAUAUAAUUUUGUUUAGAUCUUACAUGCCUAAACAACCACCAGCACAAUACUAACUGAAAAAUCACGAUUAAAAUUAUUUGCACACAA